AUGGGAAAGUCGGUGUUCUCGAGGUUGCUCAUGGGACUUUCCCUGCUGGCAACUACAGCUGUCGUCGUCGUUUCGGCAGCUGGUGAUGAGGAUGGCGUGCUCCCUCUCCGCACCCAUUCCAUCUACAUGCCCUACAUUGAUCAGGAUCUUCAGAAUCGCUGGUUCGACUUUGGAGGCGACGCCUUGGUCAACACUAACAAGCACAUCCGUUUGACCUCCGACAUCCCCUCCCAGACCGGAUAUCUCUGGAGUCGUCUCCCCUUGACAUCGUCGAGCUUCCAGGUCGAAUUCGAGUUCAAGGUAGGGGGCAAGGGCGAUGGACUCUAUGGCGAUGGAUUUGCAGUCUGGUUGACCAAGGACCGCGCCGUGAUGGGACCUGUCUUUGGAAACAAGGAUCAGUUUGAGGGCUUGGGUAUCUUUUUUGACACCUACGCCAACUCUCGGCAAUCUCACUCGUUCCCAUAUAUAAUGGCGAUGAUGGGAGAUGGAAAGACAAACUAUGAUAAUGCAAACGAUGGCGAGUCGAACAAGCUUGGAGGUUGUGAAUCGGACUUUAGAGAAAGUCUCGUCCCCACCAAGGGCAGAAUCACCUACCACCGCGACUCUGGUACUCUCAACUUCAAGAUUCAGACUAGAGGGUGGGACGAGUGGGAUGAAUGCUUCACAUUGUCAGGCGUCAAACUGCCCACAAUCUCUUACCUGGGCUUCACAUCCGUCACGGGCGAGGUCCACGACAACCACGACAUCAUCAGCGUCACCACCAGCACCCUCUCCGGCAAGGCCGAAUCGCCCUUCCAGAAAAUCAACAACACACCUCCUCCUCAGAAGAAGACCGGCGUGAUGUGGUACCUCAAGUUCCUAGCUGCCUGUGCAGUCUUUGUUGCACUUGUCAUGGCCUUCAAGAUGUCCAAGGGCGGCUCCAACGACAUGAAGCGCUUCUAA